AUGCCUCAUAUUAAACCAUUUCUUCCAUUCAUUGCAUCGUCUCGUCUAGGCGACUCUGUGUGGUCCGAAGAACACAACGCCUUCAUGUUCGUAGAAAGAGCAUGGGCUCAGCCAAAAGAGUUUAUCAAAACUUUCAAAGCCAGCGAUUACUUGAUUCACUGUUUUGGCUAUUCGGAGUUGUUACUGCAACUUAUUUUAGAGCGUGAACGAAAACAGUCCAAGGACCGUGGUCCAGUGCAGUUUAUUGUAAUUUUCGAUCUCGCCACCGUCAAUAUCACAGAUUAUGUAAAUCCGAUGAGUGGAUACAUGAAACUGUGGCAGUUACGGUCCGACCUUUGGCAAGAAUGCGUACACCCCUCUGCCGAAAUAAUUUUCCUCUGUGUUACGAAAACCUCCUCUCCACGGCUUAUCAGCCUGCUGUGGAAAAUCGCUCGGCUAUUCCUCACCGAACAAAAUUUACGAAAAAUGGAAAUUGUCAGUGAUAACAACAUGACCAAAUAUAUGAACAGUAAAUUCAUUCCAAAAGAGUAUGGAGGCGAUUAUGUAAAUACAGACCUGCCGGGUGAUGAGUCCGGAGUCAGCAUUCGACGCAAAAUCACUGCCGCUGAUCAUUAUCAGGCCUAUCAGCACUAUGUGGUACGGGGCGUACAACGACCGAAACCCGCCAAGAAGGAUCUAUUGCCCGGAGAACACUUCACCAUUCCAAUUAUAGUGCCAGAUGGAAAAAGCCUUUUAUGGGAUUUCCUGACGAGCGGCGAAAUCGAGUUCUUCAUCUAUAAGGACAAGGUAAGAUAG